CCGAACUCCGCUCGCUGGUUCCUGGAUGUCCGCUUGUUGCCCUGCGACUGUCUGAACCUCUGUCUAAUCCGGAGCUCCGGGCCAGCAUGGCUGCGGGAGUCGCAGCCUGGAUGCCGUUCGCCCGCGCCGCGGCCGUCGGCUGGAUGCCGGUGGCCAGCGCGCCCAUGCCGGCGCCUCCGCGGGAGAAGCAGCGCGGCCGGGAAGGGCUGAUCGUGCUGAACGUCAGUGGCACAAAGUUCCAGACGUGGCGGGACACGCUGGAGCGCUAUCCGGACACCCUGCUGGGCAGCUCGGAGCGGGACUUCUUCUUCCACGAGGAGAGCAACGAGUUCUUCUUCGACCGCGACCCGGACAUCUUCCGCCACAUCCUGAACUUCUACCGCACCGGAAAGCUGCACUUCCCGCGGCAGGAGUGCAUCUCCGCCUAUGACGAGGAGCUGACCUUCUUCGGCAUCGUCCCGGAGAUCAUCGGAGACUGCUGCUACGAGGACUACAAGGACCGGCGGCGGGAGAACCAGGAGCGCAUCCAGGACGACGAGGAGAGCGAGCAGAGCAGCGACCUGAUGCCCGCGGAUGCCAGCCUCCGGGAGACCAUGUGGCGCGCCUUCGAGAACCCGCACACCUCCACCAUGGCGCUUGUCUUCUACUACGUCACCGGCUUCUUCAUCGCCGUGUCGGUCAUGGCCAAUGUGGCGGAGACGGUGCCGUGCGGCGCCGCGCCGAACCGCGUCAAGGUGCUGUCCUGCGGUGAGCUCUACGCGCUGGCCUUCUUCUGCCUGGACACGGCGUGCGUCAUGAUCUUCACGGUGGAAUACCUGCUGCGCCUCCUGGCGGCGCCCAGCCGCUACAGGUUCGUCAAGAGCGUGAUGAGCGUCAUCGACGUGGUGGCCAUCAUGCCCUACUACAUCGGUCUGGUCAUGACGGACAACGAGGACGUGAGCGGCGCCUUCGUCACCCUGCGGGUCUUCCGCGUCUUUCGGAUCUUCAAGUUCUCGCGGCACUCUGCGGGACUUCGCAUCCUGGGCUACACGCUGAAGAGCUGCGCGUCGGAAUUGGGCUUCCUGCUCUUCUCGCUCACCAUGGCCAUCAUCAUCUUCGCCACCGUCAUGUUCUACGCUGAGAAGGGUUCCGGCAGCAAGUUCACCAGCAUCCCGGCAGCCUUCUGGUACACCAUAGUUACCAUGACAACGCUGGGAUAUGGCGACAUGGUCCCAAAGACCAUCAUGGGGAAGCUCUUCGGCUCCGUCUGCUCCCUGAGCGGCGUGCUGGUCAUCGCCCUGCCCGUCCCCGUCAUCGUGUCCAACUUCAGCCGCAUCUACCACCAGAGCCAGAGAGCCGAGAAGAGGCGAGCGCAGAAGGCAUCCAAAGAAGCAGGCCAGGCACUGGUGUGCAAGAUCAACCCCAACUUUGAGCUGCAACAUCACCACCUGCUCAACUGCCUGGAGAAAACCACGAACCACGAGUUUGUGGACGAGAAGUUGUUUGAGUUGAGCUGCCGGGACCUAAGUCCGGUAAAGCAGCUCUCUCCAUCUUCCUCCAUCUCCUCGUCCUCACCUCGUGGCUUCUUCUGCUGUGGCCACAAGAUAAGGAAGACCUUCAACAUCCCCAACUCCAACAUGUCUCUGGGUCUGCAGGGCAGCUUCCAGGAGCUGAGCACCAUCCAGAUCAGGGAGCGGCCAAUCAUCAACAGUCGAUCCAGUCUGAAUGCCAAGUUUGAAGAGACGCUCCCUCUGAACUGUGAGCCGCCAUACCUUUUCCCGUCUGUCGUCAGCAUUCCCACACCUAACACCACUCCAGACGGAGACCGGACCUCCGGUUCUCCCGACCACUGCCAGGCCAACAUCGUCCGGGUUUCUGCUCUCUAGAGUCCAGCUGGCCGAGGGGCUGACGGCGGGAGGACGUCCCAGAGAGGAAUGUCUUCCACUGAAACACCAACACUGCUGUAAUUACUCUGCGUUCCAGGUCCGGCCGCAUCCACAGGAGUCUGGGGAAUCUUCAGCUCAAACACUGGAGACAAUCCAGUUAGGAACAAACCAACCGGAGCCUGCAGACCUGCUGGUUCCACUGGUUCUACUGGGUUGGAGGCCAUAUUACUGAGCCACUCAGGGUUUCCAGUGAUUUUACUGGGAUAUUCCACUUAGGGUCAUGACCCAACAUUAACCUAAGGAGCCCCAAAAUAACCAAACAUUUUCUUCUUGUUCACCACUGAAAACAUCUCCAGCCCUCUGCCCCAGGAACUACUUCUUCCAGUAGUUUGUGUUCUUAAGCAAAGAACAAAGAGCAAGUAAUGAACCGCUUUUAAAGACCGGAAACAGAAAUAGCUGAAACUUCAACCAGCUCACCACCAGGAGGCAGCAUAACGGGUGGAUACCGGAGGAGAACUAGAGCCAGAAUCCAGCUGGGUUUCCUUCAGAUGAUUGUGAAUGAGCUGACCGAGCAGCCGUCUGCUGCACCCAGGUUUUAUCUGCUGGUAAAUUUGGUUGCUAUGUGAGAUGACAUGAUGGGCUGUUUGUGGUGCUUAGCAGAGAAAUCUUUUUGCUGUGAUAUCUUUAUCAUUUUUUAAUCUUUCUGCCUAUGCAUGUUAAUGUAAACAGUCAUGUUGAGUCUCCUGAGCUAGCGCUCAGAUUUACAGCAUGCUCCUGAACGCUUUGCUCUACCACGACUCGUCUGGGAGGAAAAGGACCGAGAGGAUUAUUGUCCUUCGUUGUUUAUUAGAAUAAAACUGAAUGAAAUCACUUAAAAAUAUUUAGUGGAAACGGCCUGUUAGCCGCUGGUUUAGAGCACGGCGGCUGUUAGCAGCUAGUUCUCCUUCAUCACUUCCUGCCUGGAUGGUGCGUUCCAGUGAGGCAACAGGCUGGAAUAUUUCUGUUCACAUGAGUCAUUCUGUUGUUAUUAAUGUUUUUAUGAGAUCCAUAAAGGUCUUUAAAACCUAAGCGACUCUUAACUGGACGCCUCCUCCUGAUGAUGACCAGGCUGAGGAUGGAACUUCCCUGCAUCACUUCCUGGUUUCGGAACAGGAAGUGAUGAUGAUCCAGCCUUCAUCCUGCUCCUGUGGUUCUGGUUUGGCUGGAUGGAUUCAGUCCAACUCUGGUUGUAAAAGAUCUGCUCAUAGUUUCUGGUGAACGUGUCAUGUUCUUCCAUUCUGUGAUGAUAUGACGUUUUCAGCCACAGGAUAUUUUCCUAAAGCCAUGCAUGUGUGGAGCAAACAGGAGUGAUUAUUUAUCUGUUCAAUAAAGACCAUUAUUAUCA